AUGACUUCUCCUCUGCCUGUGUACCGCGACCGCAGGUGUUUGCGGCAGAAUGAUCUUUUACCUUGUUUUUCGGAUGAUGGUCAGUUAAAAGGAAGGUGGAGAUCACGAGAUACACGGUGUUUUUCUUCGUCUUGUGACAUCCCGGCAGGCUGUACGCUGGAAUGUAAAAUGCUGCUCCCUGUCGGUAAGAAUUUGUAGCCAAUAACCAAAUAUAUACAUAUAAAUAAAAUACAACAACAAAAAAAACUGGCACAUUUUGAGGUCGGAAACCGAGGAAACACAGACAGAAGCAUGGUAGGUCACAUUCAGUUUAAGAGAAAAGAUACCUUUUAAUUCUAAAAUCAUAAAGACUAUGAAGCAUACUGUCAUAAAGAACCGGUGAUACCAUUCAGUAUAAAUGAGGACCGAUUCAUGACAACACUUGCUAACUGUUGACAGUUUAUGAAACUUAAUGUGAGUGUGCCUCUGAAUUAAAGCUAUCUGCACUUGUCAGCGGGGCCGUUUUAAGCCAUUUUGGUGCCCUAGGCAAAAUCAGAUUUUGAAGCCCCCACCCACCACCAUCACCACCACAUAAAAUAAAUGACUUAAGGCCUUUUCAUGUUGUAAAUAAGACUUCAUGUUAUUGAAAUUGACCUCUUAUAACUGCUUUAUGAGUUUUAGUACAUAUUAUUUCAAUUUUUUUAGUUUGAUAACUUUUGUAACAGCAGGGGUAAAACUGAAAUGAAUCUGAGUUAUAAACUCCUGCAAAUAACCUAGUAACCAUUUGUUUAUUACUAAGAUGGAGUAUCUAAUAAAAAACUUUCUCACAAAAUGGUGUAUAGUGGUUAAGUGCACAUUGGCCACAAAUAUUUCAAACACUUGUAGGUCAGACCUACAAAUAUCGUAACAUUGUCCUGAAAACCCAAGGGGCUGGCUAAACAGAAGAAGAAAGAAUAUUCAUUUCACAUCAAAAAUUCCACAGAAUUUUUCUUAAAUACAUGCUAAACAAAACACAAUCCUCCUGAGAACCUUUGGUGCCAGCUUUACAGCAAUUCUCUCAUAAAAAAGAGGUUAUGCUUGUAAGUGCACACACAGCCCUCCAGAGGUAUUAGGACAGUAACCCCACUUCCUUUAUUUUUGCUGUAGUCUGUUAACAUUUUGCUUUAUUACAUUCAGAUUGUUUAAACCAAACAGAGCAUUGCUGUGUUGAAGUGCUGCGUUGACACUUUUAAGUCAGUCUGUGAAGAAGUUUUGAAAAGUUUGUUCUUGCUUUUUGCCUGAAGAUGAAGUAGGACUCCACUUGGGCUGCGGUCCUUGUCCCAGUUGGCUUGGCAGCCUCCGGCUGAUCCUCCAAAGCAGCCCAGCACAAACCCCCAGUUCUGCACUUGCCACUCGCCCUGGGACUACCAUAAGGUCACCCACAAGAUUUCCUUCCCACUCCACCAGUGAGGAGUUGAAGGAGUGCAGUCGCAGGACACUUGUGGCUCUCAGUGAGAUUCUCAAAGCCUGCCUUUCUUUAAGACUGAAGCUUCUGAAUCAGGCGCAUCAAAAUCAACCUGUAUUUCUUUUAAACUGUGGCAGCCAGGUCUUACAGGGUUCUCCCUAGAAGAAACUGUGGAAUGUAGGAUGGACCUGCAGGUGUGUUCCCCCAAACCAGCUGUGACCCCAAAGCUGCCUCAAAGAGGUGCCCUCUGAAAGCAGCUCUGGCCCCCAGUGCUGCUCCAAAACAAGAUUCUCCUCAAGUAGCUGAACCUCGCCUGCUGUGGGACAACCCUGAACCAGAGUGGGCCAGAAUGGUAAGACUCCUCAUGGAGGAGAGAGGAGUGGUUUGAGAGCUGGUUAAAGAGGAAACCAAUUGAACUGGCAGGUAAGUGAUUUCACUCUUUUAAAGUAUAAAACUAGAAUUUUUUUCACUGAAGUUGAACAAACUGCCGUUGAUUUGUAGAGAAGUUUGGGGUGAAGUUGCAUUAAUUUUACUGUGUGUAGUAAUUAAAAGUUUGCAAGAAGUGUGUGUGUCUGUGAAGGGGGAGAUUUGUGUGUGAGAUUGAGGAUGAAGAAAGUAGCUCAGAUGUGGGGAUAUUAUUGUAAAUGGUAUUCUUUUUAUGUCAGAGGUAAGUGUUUCAUGUUUUAUCAGAUUAAAUACUGCACAUCAGUCACUCAGCCUUUAUUUAUGUUAUUUUAUGAAGAUUUUAACUUCAAUAUUUUCAGGGAAAGACAAAGCAAAGAUGAGAGGAAAGGAGAGUAUGAGGUAAAGGAGAGGAGGUGUGAGGGCCAAAAGGUUUUCAAUUGUCAGUGUAGAAGGUACAUAUCAAUGAGUGUUUACUUAUCAUAGUUUAGUAUCGAUGUAUACCUCUACGGUUCGCUUCAUGUAUGUUUUUUGGAAGAUAUACUUUCUUUAAUUAAAUUUUACUGACAAAGACAAGAAAAGGAAGGAGAGAUAAGGAAAGGAUAUGAAAUGCAGAGGAAAGGAGGUGGGAAGGCCAAGUUUUUUUUCAGUUUUCACAGGAAAACAGUACAUAUCAACAAUUAUUUACUUUAUCAUAGUUCCACUUUAUGUAUGUAUUUUUUACUUCAACUUUCCAUGUUUCCAAUUUUCCCUGCAGAGAGAGAAAAGGAAGACCAAGAAGAGGGAAGGAUGGGAAAGGAAAUGAGAGGAGCAGGAGGGCAAUGGAAUCAAACUCUUUGAUCUGAUGAUUUUUAUCAUCACAAUUAAUGCAGUAAUAACAAUUCUUCCUCUGGUUUCUGCCUUUGUACUUUUUAAUUUGCCUCCUGUUCUCUAUUAGACUGGUAGAUAGAUUUGUGAGGCUACCUGGAGAGGAGAAAGAGAGAUAGGUGGGUAGAGAGCUGGAGGAAGUAGAGACCAGCUGAACCUGCAGGUAAGUGUUAAAAGGUGGAGGUAGAGGAGUUAUUACAUGAGUUUAAUAUGGAGUUGUAUAAAAUGAGGAGGAUAAGAAAAAAACAGGGAGCUUUUAUUGAAGAAGAAUAGAGGCGUGAUAGAACAGAAAACAAUGAGGUGCAGAGGUUUUUUUUGUGAAAGGUAUGCGUUUCAUGAUUUUAUCAGAUGAAAUGCAAAAGUUAAUUUAGACUUUGUCUGACUGAUAACUGAGGUGUUGAAUUGUAGUCAUUCUUUUGUUCCAGGAAAGGAGAGAGUGAAGAGGAUAGCGAUGGAGGAGAAAGGAUGGGGGGCAGUAGUUCUGAACUCUGAGUGAAAGGUCAAUUACAGUCCUUUUGUGUUGUGAUUCUGAAAUAAUGUAAAAAUAUUCCCUACUUGAAUUGUUUGUGUAUUUCUUAUGUGAAACCUUCCUUGUUUCCUGUUUUUUUACAGAGAGGGUAGAGGGCAGAUGAAGAAGGGAAAGGAAAGGAGGGGAUAAAGUGAUUAAAUAGAUAUCAGAACGAAAGAACAGAGUGUGAAAAAAACGCACAAUACUCUCAAUUUAAAAUACAUGAUUGGCAACAAAUUCUUACCUACAGGGGGACCUAUUUUACAUUGCAGCAUACAGCCUGCUAGAAUGUUACAAGAUAAAGAAAAAGAUCCUGAACCUUUGACAGCAGAUCACUGUUUGCAGCACACAAUAAAAAACAAACAUUUUAAGGAUAUUCUGAGCUGAAAUCAUAUGAUACCAUUGACGUUCAUCAUGCCUUAGUGUGAUAUUUUCUCCUGCCACUAGGGGGCAGUAUAACUAUGGUCAAAUAUUACCAUGUAAAUGCAUUAGGGCGUGGACCUGUAACAUACCACUAUGUGUUUUGCUCAGAUUCAUGCAUGCUUUACAAAGAUAAAAACUACCCUCACUUUCACAGGGAAACACCUAUCUUUGAGAGCUCACAAUGGCCACACCCCUUAAUGAAGAUUUACACUUUUAAUAGCUUGUACAUCUUUAAUCUGUCUUCAAUACACUGUAUGUAUUUAGAGAUGAUUAAAUGGGAUCCCCAGGACUAGUUUGUUCAAACAGGAGCCCCUGAACUCACCAAGAGGACAGGUUUAAAAAAAAUUCAGACUUCCUCUCUUAUUUUUGGUUUCAGUGCACAACUUUUUGUGGAUUUCAUUGUGCCAAACUUGCAGUAAAGCUAAUACUGUAUAUUCAGGUGAAAAUAACCUCUAUAUAGGAAGGGUUAUCUGAAAACUUAAGGGGCACUGUAGAGCAUUUGUCAAAGAGUUCCAGCACAAGGCCUUGUUUCAUUGUUUUGUUUGAGAUAUAUACCACAAAAUUUGAAAGAAGGAGCAGUCGAGUCUUCGUUAGUGUGGGUGUGAUAUGUGUCAGAAUCUUAGCCAUUCAUUGUCAUCGUGAUCAUGAUUGAAUCUAAGGAAAUACAACAAAAUAAUAAAAAGUUAGGAAAAGCUAUACACAUUAACAGUUUAUUUGCCUUGAGACAGGAAUUAUAUUUACGGGUUGGGGGGGGGGGGGGGUUUAGAGCUGUUCCCCUUGCUAACAUCUCUACAUUUUUUUUUCAGGUUUAAUCGAGAAUGAUCUACUCAUUGGUUCCAGGUCUGACAUCAAUAUGACUUGGUACGUUUGAAUUGCCUUCCAGGAUCUGCUGAAUUACGUUGUGCACCUUGUCAUUAAACACCAUAUCCAGAUGAGCAAGCCCUUGGUACUCAGUUACAUGUACAGGCUUGUCUUGCUGCCCCACCCACUGUUUACAAAGACUCAUGCUGAAACUGUCCACUGUGUUAUCACCGUCCGCAUAAAUAAAGUCUACAGGGUCCACAUUGGGAAAAUCCUCAUCGUAAAUAUAUGUCACUGGAGUUGGAAAUCCCACGCCGUACAUGCACCACACCUCCACGCCCGGCGGGAUAAGAUCCCUGGUGAGAUUCUUGGUAUCCUCCCACAUGUACCUGUAAUGCAAAGAAAAGAAUAAGGAUAUUUGGAACAGUUCUACCUGAAAAAUCUUCAAAAGCUUCAUCCCCACAUUUCUAUAUUUUUAAAAAAUCCCAUGACUACUUGCAGAGGUGGACAGUAACAAAGUAAAUUUAUGUAAGUACUUUGCUUAAUGACAAUUUUUCACUGUCUCUACUUUGCUUGAUUAACAUUCUUUAAGUAAACUUAUUACUUGAUUUGAAAAAUGUUUAAUUUUUUUCUCGUUGUGCAGAGCCUGGGUGAAAAUUUUCCCAGUCAUCUGGUAUUUUUGGUUGUUUUUGUUAUAACCUCCGUCAAGGAGGUUAUGUUUUCAGUAGCGUUGGUUUGUUUGUUUGCUUGUCUGUGACCAACUUUACAGAGAAAGUUACAGACGGAUUGACCUGAAAUUUUCACCCGAGGUGCAUCUCAGCUCCAGGAGGAUCGCAUUAAAUUUUGGUGGUGAUCCGGUGUGAUCCUUCUGGAUACAGGAAUUUUUUGAAGGAUUCUUUAUCAUUGUGAGAUAGGGCAAAUUUUGGAAUUUUGCAUUUAACUCUAUAAAAAUGACCAGAGUCUUUAGUAAAAAAUGACACAAAAGGAUCUCAAUGAGUUUUAUGAGGUGUCAAAGGUUGAUCCUGAUCCAGACAAAAUUCUGGAUACUGUGAUCCAGAACACACAAAAAUGAGGGUGUCAUUGGAAUUUUCAAUGCUGAAAGAUAACCAAUGGGCGGCACAGUGGUGUAGUGGUUAGCACUGUCGCCUCACCGCAAGAAGGUCCUGGGUUCGAAUCCGGGACAGGGCAUUUCUUGUUUUAGGAACAUUAUGAACAGUGAACAUACCAGUUUAAACACAAAUAAAAGUUAAUAAAAGACACGUAACAGUAAAAGUUUUGGUGUGAAUCACAAUAUAAGGGGGGACAUGAGCUGCUUGGUGGAGGUCUGCGCUCUCCGAGUGCUUUUCUAGUUGUUCCUAAUUUUUAAAGCUGAAUAUCUCUGGAAAUAGACUAUAACUUUAUAAAAGUUUACAUGAUGUUUUUUUUUAUAAACACAACGUGGCAGAAUGUGUAUUCUUAAAUGCACACAUUCACUGUGAAACUAGUUUCAAGAUUAUUUUAAGUAGCAUCUUGAGUACUUCAGUAUCUUUAAAAGCAAGUACUGCAGUACUUUAAUUCAUUAAUAAUUUGACUGUGCAACGUUCACCUCUGCUCAAAAGCGCUUCAGUCAUGUUGGUUUCAGAUGGGUUAAAUCUUGUCCCAUUUCAAGUUUGGGUCUUUGUAAUAUGUCGAACAAUGAGUUUAGUCUGGACCUGCUCCUUUGAAAAGUGUCUUGGGAUCAUGAUUGUUGUGAUUUGGCACUAUAUAAAUAAAAACUGAUUGACAUGUAUUGGUGUAAUAUUUGACGAGGAGGAUCUAUACUUUGAUUCAAGAAAGUUUAACACUUUGUCCUCUGCUGACUACUUCUAAGUAGUAAAUUAUCAGAAAGCUGACAUUCGAGUCUGCGGUUCCCCUCAGCUGAACAAAACUGAAGAGGAGCCUCAGUCAAAGCAACUUCCUAGCUGAAGCGUUUAAAGUUUUUGCCUCAAGAUGAUCAGUUUUAGAGCAACACAAUGCAGCAGAACUGGAACUGUGUAUUUGCCAAUUCCAUGUAGUACAAACAUUGUAAUUUGAACUGUUUUGUUUAGAUGUGCAGAUUUCGGUAUGUUUGCUUGAUGCAGCUUGUUUAGUCUUGCACAGCCAUCUUUCACAUAUGGAUAAAAGAAGGCUCUAAAAAAAAAAAAAGCCACAGAGGUUUUAAAAGGAUCACUGAACUUAUGUGUAUCUAAAGCUGCCAUUAAUGUGAUUGAUCCAGUUCCAUAUUCCUCCAGGAAGUACAAAAUAUCAUAGAACUGCAGUGCUAUAAAUUCACAGUUCUUCUGUUCAUUGAAAAGUCUAUAAAAGAAUUCAGAGUCAAUUACACUGAUUUGCAAAUAUAGCACAUCUAGAGUACAGAAAUGUAAUAACUCUUGUCAAUAAGCAAUGCUAUAUCUGAUAGGUACCAGCCAUCUUCAUAAUUGACGUCAGUAAAGAAGCGUUGGUAAUCCUGGUUGGUGUAGUUAAAGGUGGGUGUGGAGAUAAACACGUGGUCCUUUGGCCAGACGUCCUCAGAUGGCAGCAUCCAAGGACUGGUUGUUGCCAUCCUCUGCUCCUCCCUGAUCUUGAUGUUUGAAAUCAUGGGAAUGC